GACUAGUCCCGCCCACUCCAUGAAAACAACUAUUCCCGCCCACGAUUCGGCCGGCGUCUUCGUCUAAUUUCCGGUUUGCCCCUCGCGUGGUCGCCUUCGAAGCGGGGCAUGUCUGUAAACCUGUGUCGCUAUCCACGCGAGGGCCGGUGCCGGUGACCCGGCGUGCUCCACCCCAGGAGUCCUCGGCCCAACCAGAAGGCCGCAGGUCUAGUCGCCGCCUGGCGUCGCCAGCCGCCGCUCGCGGGCUGCCAAAAUGGCCGCCGCCGCGUGAGGACGGGCGCUGUCCCGCGGGUUAUUCUGGGAGUUGUAGUCCGGGUCGACGGGUUACGCACUUAGCCGCGGGCACUCGGACGCCAUUGUGCGCUGCGCGCAGGUGGGUGCUGAAGUGAAGCUGCGCCCGUCGGAGCUGUGUGGAGUGGGCAGCCUGAGCCACUCCCUAGGCCACCCGGGAUCCCGGAGCCUUGUCUUCCCUGCAGUCCUCCUGCCGCGGAGCAGUCCCGCGGCGUGGUCGGGACUAGCGGCGGGCCGCCCCUUCCGGGCGCGUGGGGGCUAGAAAGAGGGGAGCGACUGUCCUCUGUCCUCGGGUGGGACUGGGCGGCGCUCCUCCACUCAUCCCUUUGGGCUUUUGUGGAAGUAAGUCCGAUGCUCUUCCCUCACCCUCAGUUCGACCUUCUCAGGACUGCCCGAGACCUGACUAGCGAGAGGAAGUCAUGGCUUCCGGGCUUCCGACGGCGUGGUUCCGUGAGCCAGUGACCUUUGAAGAUGUGACCCUGGGCUUUACGGUGGAGGAGUGGGGUCUGCUUGACCUUGAACAGAAGUCUCUGUACAGGGCAGUGAUGUUGGAGAACUACAGGAACCUGGUCACAGUGGAACAUCAGCUGUCCAAACCAGAUGUCGUAUCUCAGUUGGAAGAAGCGGAAGAGCUCUGUUCCAUGGAGAGAGGAAUUCACAGCUCCUUUUCAGAAUGUCCUGAGACUCUGUUGGACUCUCAAUCCGAUCUGCCUCAUGCUGAGAAUCCCCUGAUGAAGAUCAAGGUGGUUGAAGUCCUCACAUUGAAUGAGGAGGUAGCUCGGACCCGGAAUGCCCAGAUACGGGCCCUCUAUGCUGAAAAUGAGGGCUUUAGCUCUGACCUCAGGGAGCCAACUCAGCAGCAGAGCCAGUGUCCAGUGGACUCCAGUGCUGUUCGGCAGAAGUUCCGCGGAUUUCGCUUUGAGGAGGCUGCAGGACCACGGGAUGCCCUGGCCCAGCUGCGUGAGCUCUGCCACCAGUGGUUGCAACCUGAGAUGCGCUCCAAAGAACAGAUUCUAGAGCUGCUGGUGCUAGAGCAGUUCCUGGCAGCACUGCCUCAAAAGCUCCGUGUGUGGGUAGAGUCACAGCACCCUGAGAGCUGUCAGGCAGCGGUGGCCCUGGUGGAGGAUGUGACCUGGGUAUCAGAGGAGGAAGCUUUACCCACCCAAGGCUCCACCUGCUCUCUGGAUGUCACAGCUCACAAAGAGAAAGACAAAGACAUGACCGCCCAAUUAGAGAAGGCACUGCCUGAGCCUACUGUUGAACAGACGCCAAGUGUGACAUUACAGGAUUCAGUGACCUUCCAGGACGUGGCUGUGGACUUCAGCAGGGAGGAAUGGGGGCUGCUGGACCUGACCCAGAGAACUGAGUACCACGAUGUGAUGCUAGAAACCUUUGGACACUUGGUUUCUGUGGGGUGGAAUACUACACUGGAAAAUAAACAGUUAACUUCAGAGUCUAGUAUUCCUGAGCAAGAACCAUCCCCUGAGCUGACAAUGGAAGUAGUCUCACAAAAGGAAGCCCAGCCCUCCACCUCCAGAGAUAGCCCACGUGUUGGGACUGCCAAAGUCUCAAAAAGUGCACUGAAACGGGUGAAGCCUACUCAGGAAAAGACCCUCCCUAAGAAGCACUGUCAGAAUCUCAGGUCCCAGGCAAAUAGUACUUCUGAUAAAAGCCUUGUUUCACUCCCAAAAAGUCUUCCUAAGAAAAACUUACGCAAGCGUGUCUCGCAGGUUAAAAAUGUGAAACAGACUCCAUUCGUUAAAAUUCAUCAAAAGAGCUGCAGAGAGGAAAAAGCUAGGGAAAGUAGUGGGAAAAUCUUCAUCCGGAACCCUCAGCAGAUAACCUUCACCAGAAUUCGUAAAGGGAGCCAAGUUUGCCGAUGCAGUGCCUGUGGUAAAAUAUUUCGUAACCCAAGAUACUUUUCUGUACAUAAGAAAAUCCACACAGGAGAGAGGCCUUAUGUGUGUCAGAAUUGUGGGAAAGCAUUCGUUCAGAGCUCCUCACUCACACAGCACAUGAGAGUUCACACUGGAGAGAGACCGUUUGAAUGUCAAGAGUGUGGCAGGACCUUCAAUGAUCGCUCAGCCAUCUCUCAGCACUUGAGGACGCACACUGGGGCCAAGCCCUACAUUUGCCGGGUCUGUGGGAAAGCCUUCCGCCAGAGCUCCCAUCUCAUCAGGCAUCGACGCACGCAUACAGGAGAGCGUCCCUACAAGUGCACCAGAUGCGGAAAGGCCUUCACCCAAAGCUCACACCUCAUUGGGCACCAGAAAACACACAGUAAAGCCAAGCUCAAGAAGAAACGGACUGCCUUAUAGUUCUCAGACUAGCAGAAGAGAUGGCAUCUUUUCAACCUGGUUCUUCAUGACCUGGUUGCAAGCUACUAACUUGAUUUGCCAUUAUAAGUUUAUUCAGUCAUUGAAAUGCUAGUGAAGUUUAAGAGUGUUUAUUAUUUUGUAGGUUUUUAAAGUCUGGUACCAAAAAUGUCUAAUAUGAUGAUAAUCUAUUCAAGGUAAAAUACUUAUGCACAUGACAGGGACUAAAAAAAAAAAACUUGGAUAAAUAAAUAUUUCUGUUGUAGAAUUUGUA